AUGUCGCCUUCUGUUCCUACCAAAGACUUUGUGAGACCUGUGGACAUUAAAGAAGAAGGAGAUGAAGAAGAAGAGGUGGAGCAGCACAGUGAAGAUGAAUCAUCUGAAAUCAGUGGUGCUAAGUGGAUCCAGUCUAAUGUAAAACCGAAGACAGAGGCAACAGGAUGGACAGACCGAAUAGAUCAUCAGAAAAUGCAGACAUUUCAAUGUUCACAUUGCAAGGAAGUCUUUACUGACAUGGGAGAUCUCAACAGACAUCAGUUGAUCCAUUCAGGGAAAAGACCAUAUCAGUGCUCACAAUGUGGAAAGAGUUUUAGUAAAAAGGGCGAUCUGAAGACCCAUCAGAUGGUCCACUCAGGAGAAAAGCCAUUUAAGUGUUCAGACUGUGGAAAGAGUUUCAGGCUAAAGGGCCAUCUCAAUACCCAUCUGAUGGUCCAUUCAGGAGUAAAGCCAUAUCAGUGUCCUGACUGUGGGAAGAGUUUUACAAAAAAUAGCAAUCUUAAAAACCACCAGAUGAUCCACUCAGGUGUUAAGUCAUUUCAAUGUUCUGACUGUGGAAAAAGUUUCAUUCACGUGAGCAAUCUCAAAAGGCACCAGAAGAUACACUCAGGUGAAACUGUAAAGCCAUUUAAGUGUUCUGACUGUGGAAAGAGUUUUAGUGAAAAGUCCUAUUUUAAGCAACACCAGAUGGUCCAUUCAGGAGUAAAGCCAUAUCAGUGUCCUGGCUGUGGAAAGAGUUUUGCAAAAAUGAGCAAUCUUAAGAACCACCAGAUGAUCCACUUGGGUGCAAAGCCAUAUCAGUGUUCAGACUGUGGUAAGAGUUUUAGUGAAAAGGGCAAUCUUUGGAAACACCGCCAGAGGAUCCAUUUGGGGGCAAAGCCUUAG